GCGGAGCGAGUAAAUGGAGGGAAAUUUAAAAAGGGCGGACCGCUCGUUUGUUGUUGGCUGCUAGCAACAGAACGCCGUUAUUAGCUUUAAGUGAAAGGGCAGGGGCUGUUACAGGGCCAACUAAGACGUCUGCGACAUUUAUUUUCAAAUUAGUCACAAAAUGGAAACGGAACACGAUAAGAUUUUGGACUCCCCUUCUAAAAACAGUUACAUCGGGAGCUACUACCAGCCUCCAGACAGGAUUUCAUCAGGAUCUAAACAUCAGGAGUCUCCUGCUCUUUCACCUCUCAACAUGGACCGGACCACCAGCCGCCUUUCCACACAUAAUAUCGACAGCAAAGCUGUUGUAGAUGCACUUAGGACCCUCCAGGAGAAAAUCAGGAGGCUGGAGCUGGAGCGGAGGCAAGCAGAGAGGAGUUACAUCCGCUUUUCUCAGGAUGCCCCCAAGCGUCAGCAAGACGUGGCAUCGCACAGCCGGACUGAGGCCAGCCGCACCUGGGACAGGCUGGACCUGAAGCUGCAGUCCGCAGAAGCUCGCUGCAGAGUUCUCGAGAAGCAGCUGGACUACAUGAGGAAGAUGGUCGAAAAUGUCAAGCAGGAGAGAACCGCCCUGAUGGAAAACGAGGCAUCGUUGCAGAGCCAACAGCUGAGCAACUCAAACAACCAAAAUCAGCGGGAGAAGCUGGAGAAACUAGAAUCUGAAUAUCUCAAAUUAAGCAGAACCCAAACCCUUGCAGAGAUGAAGCUCGCCGUCCUGGAGCAGAAGCUGCUGAAAGAGGAGCACGAACGCAAACUUGUGCAGGAGAAAGCAGACGAGCUGCAGAGGGAAUUGAAAGUAAACUUCCCUUUACCUGUCCCACCCACUGAAGAAACAAGGCCGAAGAGGAAAACCAGGAAGUCAAACAAGAAAACCUCGAAACGUAAUGAGCUGGCCCCUGGCAGCCCGGGCCACAAGAAGAUGCCUUUUGUCAUAGGAACGUCAACAAGCCCGAGCCACUCGGUGCACGCCAACGUUCAGAGCAUCCUCCACCUGAUGAAGCACCACCACCCUCAACUGUGCGAGCGAGUGGGCACCCUGCAGCGGUCCGGCUGCGGAGUCAAGAAAAACCUCCAAAAUGAGUUUUCUGAUGCUGAUCCGAAGGCCGAGAGUCCGUCUGCAGAUCAGUCGCUGACCUUACUGUCCGACCUUCUCUUAGCCCUGCAGGAUGAGCUCGGGCAGAUGAGCUUCGAGUAUCAGGAGCUGGAGCGUCAGGUGGAAGAAACCCAAGAGCAGGAGCAGCGCGAGGACCUGCAGAGGGAGCUGGAGCGGCUGGCGGCCAAGAUGGAGGAGAAGGGAGCCCAGAUCACCAAGCUCCGCAAACAUCAGCAGACGGUUCAUAAACUGUCCCAGCAAAGCGUGGAGGAACCCGCGGUCAGGAGGUCGACUGGGAUCAAGCCACCCGUUCCCUCGCCUGUUAAAGCCAAACAGAAAGCGGCGAGAAACGGCGGCGUCGCGAGUCAGAGAAGCCUGCAGCUCCUCAGAGAGACCCAGAAGUUCAGAAACAGCCUGAAGCAAGAUGACCUCUUCUGGGAAACAUGACUUUUUUUCUUUCUUUGUCAUCCUGUUGAUACUACAGCUCAGUGCAGGACAGGGAUUUCCUUCAGCCAGGGAGAGACUUGUAGCUGUAAAUAAAAGCGCUUUACACAGGACUCGAUGCAUUAUCAUAAAACCAACAAUCAAGUGGCUGACAGGAGCCCUUAAAGGCUGGUUUAUGAGCUCUUACUGUGAAACCAGUUUGAGUAAAGAUGGGUGAGAUUAUGUUUUAGUGAUCGUCGUAAUUUUAAUAAAAGCACAUUCUUGGA